AAGUGACUUCCUGCUCCAGGGUGGGCGGCAAAGCCCGGGGCCUACCCUGCCUGGGCACAGCUAGACAAACUGAUGCGGUGCCGACCGGGUGACCAUGGCUGUGUUUCACGACGAGGUGGAGAUCGAGGACUUUCAAUAUGACGAGGACUCGGAGACCUAUUUCUACCCCUGCCCCUGUGGGGAUAACUUCUCCAUCACCAAGGAAGAUUUGGAAAAUGGAGAAGAUGUGGCAACGUGUCCUAGCUGCUCACUCAUUAUAAAAGUGAUUUAUGACAAAGAUCAGUUCAUGUGUGGAGAAACAGUCCCAGCACCUUCAACCAACAAAGAGCUAGUUAAAUGCUGAGGAAGCUCUCAGGAGCGCACAUCCUGGCCAGCAGGGCUGAAGCCAGGUGGACCCAGGGCUGAGUUACCAAGCCCCUUAGUGGGCAGCUGUCCUGUGGAUGCCUCAUGGGCGUGAUCUUCAGCAGCCACUGAACUCAGCAUGAAAAAGUGAGCCUGUGACUUGUCAGACUUGGAUUCCAUACUUACCUGGAGCUGGAAGGAUUCCUAAUUGUCCAUCUGAAUUUAAGGAAGAGCCUUAUGAACUGGUGCUUUUCCUUCGAUUGGUUGCAUCAUUUGAAUAUCUGAAAAUUCGUUUUCUGAAAAUAACAUCAUCUGCCUCA